AUGACUGGUUCAGCACCCCUGGAGAGUUUGAUGCUGCUUUUCUGCAUGAAAUGCCUAUAUCCGACAAAGGUUUACCUACUCAAAGGUCAUCUCGAGGAGCCGGCAUCGAUAAAGAUGUACAAAUGUCUGGAAGAUUUACAGCGUACGGUAGCUUCUAUGCCAAUAGCUGCAAUGAUCGGUCCAAAAAUCCUUUGUAUCCCUGGCGGACCGGGUCCGGUCAUGCGAGAACAUGGUCUUGCUGCGCUAAAGUCAUGUUCAAGAAUUACAAUGAAUCGGCUGGACAGAUCGCUAUGCAUGGAGGCCGCUUGGUCAGUUAUGAAGCUAGAGGCCAAUCCAGUGACCAGUGACGACGGAAUACCGACAUUCACCGAGUCGCAAUGCUCAGCGUUUUGCAAAGCAAAUGGAUUAGUGGUGAUCGUACGAGGGAGACAGUUGGUCGACGAAGGAUUCCUCAAUUACCCGAAGGAGGUUCUGACGAUUGUCUCGGCUGUCGCCUAUCUGGAUAAUUUCAGAAACUACGCAGCUGCUAUGACCAUCCAAGGGAUGAAUGCAUCCAUCGUUCGCUACAAAAUGGAUGAAGGUGAGCCGAAAUCACUGGACAUCGUCAAACCAGGCAUAGGACGAAAUGCAACAGCCUUACCCAUGUGA